CAUCCAUCCAUCACACCAACGUGCACUCGCAGGUGUGGUGACGAGGAGUCAACGCGGAAGCACCAGCUCAGCGAGCCGCUGAAGUCAACUAGUCAGCCGCGAUGACCACGAACGAAGCUGUUCGAUACUGUGAACAAUGCUCCUAUAUUUUCCUCAAAUUCAUCCUGUUCGCCUAUGCCAUCGUCUGGUGGUUGAUAGGCGGCUUUAUGCUGGUCAUUGGGAUCUACGCUGAGGUGGAGAGACAGCGCUACAAGACCCUGGAUGGAAUGUUUUUGGCCCCGGCUGUAAUCUUGAUCAUUCUGGGAAUCAUCAUGUUUAUUGUUUCAUUCAUUGGAGUCUUGGCUGCCCUGCGAGAUAAUCUAACACUGCUUAAAGUGUUCAUGUACACCCUGUCGGUGUGUCUGAUUAUGCAACUGCUGGGAGGAGUAUUGGCUCUGGUGUUCCACAACAAGACAUUCGUGUUACUGAACAAGAACAUCCGAAGAGGCAUAGUGAACUACUAUGAUGACUUAGACUUUAAGAACAUCAUGGACUUUGUACAGAAGAAGUUUCAGUGUUGUGGAGGUCAAGAAUUUAAAGACUGGGGUGUCAAUAUGUACCACAACUGUUCUGCACCUGGUCCACUGGCCUGCGGGGUCCCUUAUACCUGCUGCAUUACUACUAAGCCUAAUGAAGUGGCCAACACCAUGUGUGGAUACAAAGUGUUGGAAAAAGAGCGUUUGGACUUGAUCGAAAUUAUACAUAUCAGAGGCUGCACUGAUGCUUUCUUCAUCUGGCUGAAGGACAACAAUAAGAUUAUGGCUGGACUGCUAUUAGGGAUCCUAGUGCCUCAGUUCUUUGGUGUGGUAGUCAGCUGGCUAUACAUCACUCGUGUUGAAGACGCCAUCAGUGAGUACGGUCAGUCCACAGACGGACUACUGGACGGAUCUAAAAGAGAAGUCAGGAAGCAUGGCCGCGUGGCCAAAUGGUUUAAGUGUAUGCCACUGUUCGACUGAUGGAGACGAUGAGCAAAAAGUAGAAAAUGGGCUCCAGCCAACAGCCACAGUUGGUUAAAUCCCUCCAGUCGAUCCAGAUACUGUUGCAGCCACUGAACUGCAGUUUACUAUAUGCUCACAUCACUGUGGAAACAAAUUGAUGGCUUUUUGGGGGCUUUUAGUUUUUUGGAAGAGGGAAUUUUUGCGUGUAACCAGAGAAUUUUUUUGGUUUUUAUUCUUAAACUUACUGUAAAUAUCCAACAAUUUUAUUUUAUUUUUUUUUACAAUAUCAACUGUAUUCAUUAUUAAUUGAUGUCAACAUACAGUGUACUACUGCACGAGUGGGAAAUGAUCGCUCAUUUAUGUGCUUUUAGCUGCAUUGUGCCUCAGACAGUCUCAGGGAUACACACAGAAAACAGGACAACCACCAUCUACAGCACUGACUUUGUUCUUUUAUACUCAUGUUCAUUGUUUGUUUCUUUGUUUCUGCUGCCAGUUACAAUUUACUUGACUCCUCUUUUCAACCACUGAUGAAGCAGGUCCUAUUAUCCAACCACUACUGUUGACAAAAAAAGAUAUUAUAGGCUAAGACACUAUUUCUGUCAUCUGGAAGCAGGACAUGUUUUCCUUUUUUGUAUAUUGAGCUGAAAUAUUCAGAGGUUUUAGACUAAAAAUUAAUUAUUUUUUAUUUAUUUCCCCACAGUGUCAGUCAGAGAGUCAAUAUGAUUGUAUUUAUUUUAAUGAUGAAUGCUACUACAGUGCCAACAUGAGGAUAUCUCAGGGAUUUAGUAUAGCAACCCUGUCUCCUAGAAAUUACAUUUAUGUUCUGAGAGACACAUGGUUCUACCUGAAUGAGUAAUAACAGACUUGUCCCUUAAAAACAUUUUGUAAUUUUUUAAGUGGCAAAAUGCUCAUACGAGUAACAAAACCUUGUGACUUGAAGCACAAUCUCUGAGAUGUUUACUUUAUUAACACAAAUUUUUGUUGCCUAAACAGUUUCUGGUGUCUGAGUCCUGUGCUUUUUACACAAUCUAUUCACCCAAACCACCUCAUUAAUUGUCUUAUUAUUAAUAAAAAAGUUGCCAUAGAACAUAAUUCAGAUUCCAGCAUUAACCUCUAAACAGAUUUGGCUAAAUUAAUUGGAAGCGUAAUUUCUAGGAGACAGGGUUGCAUACAGACAUAUUAAAAUAGGCUAGCCAAGAUGUACUGUAGGACAAAAUUGCCUUAGAACAUCCUACAACAUAUUGUAUAAUCCAAUGUGGCUUAAGUUAAAUAAGUGAAUAACGUGAAUUAAAUGUGCUACUCCUACUAUGUUUUGAUGUAAAGUUGGAAACUGAGACCAAAUUUUUGUUGAAGUUGAUUUUAUUUAUUUUUUUAUUCAAUAGUUUGUUUUUUUUGAAGUGGUGCUAUAUGAGGUACUUAUCCAUAGUCAGUGUAUUACCUGCAGUAGAUGGUGUUCGUUAUGCCCCCAGUUUGGAGAAGCAGAGAGUUGUACCGGAACAGGUGUUGUGUCAAAGUCUGUUCCCCCAUUGAUAUGCGUUUCCCCUUACCUUCACCUGACCCCAACCUUAUCCCUACCCCUAAUCACAGGGGAUCCUACUGAAGACUAUUCUAACGGGAGCUAAACACUGUGUGACGAGGAUCAGAAUUUGAUACAACAGGGAAAGUUAAGCAAAGUACUGCAGUGGACAGGCUCAGCAGCAAAACACACAGUAUUUUAACCACCUAAAAAAGGUCCAUCAAAAUAUAUUCUAUAUUUGGAAUAUUUUCAGCGCUUUACCUUUUUGUCAGACAGCCAUUUCCUUUGGAACUACAUUUUCUCAACCGUAGAAGUUCUGUAUUCCUGAACUGCUGAUCUCCUGCGGUGUUUACACUCCGGGGCCAAAUCUUCCUUAUGCAAAAAAAUGUAGUUCCAAAGGAAAUUGUUGUGACGUCAAAAUGAAGCAUGUAUAGCGUACACUUAAACUGAUAUUGAUUUUUCUUCUUCAGUGGGCUUAAAUACGUUAUGCUGCUUCAGCAGUACAUUGCUUAGCUUCCGUGCCGGUACAACACUCUGUUUUUCCAAACUGAGGACGUGCUGACCGCCAUCUACUGCAGGUCAUACAAUCACUAUUGAUAAGUAUCUCAGACAGUCCCCCUUCAAAAAUCCCAAACUAUUCCUUUAAUGAUAUGUAUAAUAUUAGUAAACUGUACCUUACUGUACUUAUACUAUUGCUAAAAUAUGUUUGCAAGUGUUUCAGGUUGGUUCUUUUCAUUUCUUUCAUUGGUAUUUCCUCUAUUCAGUAGGAUACAAUGCCAAACAGGACUUGCACAGUUUACAUGUCAGCCAAGUUUGUACUGGAGGGUCAAAUAGAGAUUGCCAGGACUUUAUCCUCAUUAGCAUGGUGACACGACAUGACAAAAUAUGUAAUAAUGCAGAUUAAAUAUGUUCCGCUCAUGUUCAGCUGGCAACAGACAAAGAGUACAUUUGAUUUUAACGUUACUAACAUGUUGGGUUGUCCCUCACCCUGAAUCAGACCUUGAUAAGAAAUGUUCUUAUAACUUGUGAAGCUUUUUGCUGGUGGGUUGAAGGUAAAUUUUCUCUAAUCAGUUGGUUGAAGGGUUUAUUUAAAAUGUUCUUACAGUAUGGUUGCAUUCACAUAGAAUCUGCUGCUUCUUGCUGUCUUAACAACAACUAAAAAUGUAUGGACCUGUUAUUUACAAUUUAUGGUCUGUUUUUGUCAUUCAUUCACAAGUCUAAAUAUACUGUAUAAUACUUCAAACCAAAGAUAGUCUGUCCUUUCCACCUUUUAACGCAUAUAGCAUGGAAGAUGUUUUCUGAAGAUGUUGCAUGACAUAAUAGAUAUAUAUCCAAAGGUAUGUUAUUGGUGCAUACAUUCAGUACGUGGGUGGCCUCGAUGGAAAUCGGAUCAUCAUCGUCUUUACUUAAGUGUCAUCGUCAGUUCAUUGAGUUGCACAAUGCCACACUAAUUGAAAUAGUUUUGCAUGUUUGAGGUUUGAAAAUAAAAUGAUUUACUACUGCUGGAUAA